AUAUGUGGCGGUCUAAAAGCAGAUUGAGUCAGUUGAGGCUUCACUUUGCCAGCGAGAAGAUGUCGUCGAUUUCUACGAUCAUUGGAUUGUGUCUUUUGUUCUUUAUCCUGAGCAAUGUGGAUGUUAAUGGCCAAAAAUGUAGCCCAGUCUUUGGAAAUUGCAAUAUGCAUUCAGAUUGCUGCAGCGGAAAAUGCUUAACCUACGGCUCACGUUGUGGCUAUCCGGCGCACCGUCUUAAAAAAACUUAUUUGAGUGCCGAUGAAUUUCAAAGUAUCAAAAGACAAUCAGCUAGUUCAUUCAAUGAUGAGGUGAAAGUUAUUGGUCUACCUAGUGAGUCAGAACCAUCGAAUGUUGUUUUUAAGAUUGAUUCGCCCGCAAAAUGCCGCAAUGUUGGUGAACCCUGCUCCCGAGGUGAAGAAUGCUGCAAUUUGCGAUGUCACUCAUAUAUGCACAGAUGUGUCACCUGAAGUAAUUCAUAGCAACGAGGCAACGUGACAGACAGCUAAUUACCAAAUUAAUUUAGAUUCACUUGAGGCGCGGCCCUUUAUAUAUUCAUUGGAAAUAAUGUUAUUUUUGCUAUUCAAUCUCAAAUAAAUGGGUCACAACAGCUGU